UGUCGGAGCUGCUCAGUCACACCAGGGACCUGGAGAGAAUUGGACACACUACAGGGAAAGAACAUAUUCUUAGCACCCCUUUCCAGCACCUUAGUAGCCUUAGCUCCCUGCUCAGCCACACGGUGUAGGAGGGACAACCCAACACAGCAGCAGUCAACAUGUGUGACAUGGGGGGAUUGGAUAAUCUGGUGGCGAACACGGCCUACCUUAAGGGGGGCGACGAAAAGGAGAUGAGGAAGAGGCGGCGCAGCCUGUCCCUUCCCAAGCCAGAACAGUGCGUGUCCAUCCGCGCCGCAGUGGGGAAAGAAUUUGAGAUGCUCUGCGAGAGGCAGCCCGUAGGGAAGAAGUUCUUCAGGAAUUUCCUCCUGGAGUCCAACCCGCAGUACGUGGCAGCUGCAGAGUUCCUGGACGAGCUAAUCGACUGGGAUCUGGCGGAAGGCGCUGGCAAAGAUAAGUCGAGGACGAACAUCAUCAACAAGUUCUGCAAGGCUGACUCCAAGAGCUUCCUGUCCUACCUGACGGGAGAGGUAGCGGACAAGUGCAAGGCCGUGUCGGACAAGGAUUUUGAAGACGUGAUGAUGGGCAAGGUGAAGGAUGCCACACGGGAGUACCUGAAGGAAAAGCCCUUCACAGAGUACCAGACCAGCCCUAACUUUGACAAGUUCCUGCAGUGGAAAGAGUACGAGAAACAGAAAAUCACUGAUAAGUAUUUUCAUGAGUUCAGGACCCUUGGAAAGGGAGGCUUUGGAGAGGUGUGUGCCGUGCAGGUGAAGAACUCAGGCCAGAUGUACGCCUGCAAAAAGCUGUGCAAGAAGCGUCUGAAGCAGAAGAAUGGUGAAGGCAUGGCACUGCUGGAGAAACAGAUCCUAGAGAAGGUCAACAGCCUGUUCCUGGUGAACCUGUCCUAUGCCUACGACACUAAGACCCACCUGUGUCUCGUCAUGACCCUGAUGAAUGGCGGCGACCUCCGGUACCACAUCUACAACAUUGGCGAAAAAGGCCUAGAAAUAGACCGCAUCAAUUACUACAUUGCACAGGUCACCACAGGAAUCCUCCACCUGCACUCCAUAGAUAUAGCAUACAGAGACAUGAAGCCAGAGAACGUGCUACUGGAUAGCUUCGGCCAAUGUCGACUCUCGGAUCUGGGGUUGGCCGUGGAGCUCCCUGGCGAAAAGACCAUCAAUCAAAAGGCUGGCACAAGUGGCUACAUGGCCCCAGAGAUCCUGAAGAAAGAGCCUUACCGGAUGUCAGUGGACUGGUGGGCACUGGGCUGCAGUAUCUACGAGAUGGUAGAGGCAUCUCGCCUGCCCUUCAAGGACUAUAAGGAGAAGGUGCAGAAGGAGGAGGUGGCACGGCGCACCCUCGAGGAUGAAUGCAAGUACGGGCACAAGAACUUUGACGAGGGCACCAAGGCCAUCAUCGACCUCUUCCUCAAGAAGAAAAUUGACGAGCGUCUGGGAUGCAGGACCAAGAACGAAGACCCAAGGAAGCAUGAGUGGUUCAAGAGCAUUAACUUCCCUCGACUGGAGGCGGGACUGAUCGACCCACCCUGGGUUCCCAAGCCCAACGUGGUCUACGCCAAAGACACGGGGGACAUCAAAGACUUCUCAGAGAUCAAGGGCAUUGUGUUUGACGACAAAGAUGACAAAUUCUUCAAGGAAUUCAACACGGGGGCAGUGCCCAUUGCUUGGCAACAGGAAAUGAUUGACAGCGGACUUUUUGACGAGCUGAACGACCCCAACAGGAAAGAGUCGGCCCCUGGAUAUGACGACGAGGAGAAGAAAUCUAAAUCCUGCACGCUUUUAUAAAAGCUCCUCUAUACUAUAGUUAGGACUUUUGUAAUUUUCAAAGCUAUCUCAUUAAGAACAUUGUGACGAUAAUCAUGUCCACAAAAAAAGGUGUGAAGUGUCAGUAAAAUCCAGGGUCAGGUCAAGGAAUGUAUUUCCACCAUUUCACACCUUUUUUUGUGGAUAUGAUUCUUCCUGCUCUUCUACAUUGUAAUGAUCAUGAUAAAUCACAGCACUUACGAUGAUAUCAGCAAUCGAUAAGGAGCUAUAGGUCAUUUUGCCUGUAUCAUUGAGCAGAGUCAGUGUCUGUGGUAUAAUCAACAGCAAAGAGCUAGACCAGAGCCAGAAUGGGAACUGUGCUUUACAGGCACUGGCAUAGUUGCAGUAGCAGGCUUCUACCACAAGGUGUCCUCAGAUAUCUAGAUAUGUGGAUAUUCACAAAACCUUCUUCUCUGUAUUGACCUGCGUGUAACAUCUUGCCUUUUUAAAAUGCAUAUGGUAAGAUCACCUGUUCAUUUUUUUGAGAGUUGUGGUUUUAUUGGAUUGCAAUGCUUUGACUCCUAAAGCCUUAGAGAGCAUUUAACUCUCACUCCUUCACAAGUCUAUCCCAAUGACCAACAAACUCCCAAACCAUAUUUUAACAAAUGUAUAAAUAAAUAUAAAAUGGAUGUCACUGUGUUCAGUCUCAUAAGCUAUUUUUAAUAGUAUUAUGUAGGGUUUAUUUCAAGUGCACUAUAACAAUGUAUAUGCUAACUUAUUUUCACCCAUUCAUUAAAUUUAAAGGCCCAAUGCAGAUGUUUAUAUAUCAAUAUCAAAUUAUUUCUGGGUAACACCUGUAAUCGUAUUUUAGCAAAUUACUAUUUCUC